AUGCCGGGCGAGUCCUCAAAAUCGGCACCACCAAAGGAAAUCGGAGCAACCUCCGUUCAUUGUCCGAUGUUGACAACUACAAACUACACGGUUUGGGCUAUGAGGAUGAAGGUUGUUCUAAGAAUUCACAAAGCAUGGACUGUAACCGAUCCAGGAACAGAGAAUGAAGAGAAAGAUUACCUGGCGAUGGGGAUGUUGUAUCAGGUGAUCCCGGAGACUUUGAUUAUGCAAAUCGGGGAUGUGGAGUCCUCAAAGGUGUUGUGGGACGCAAUCAAAGCCAGGCAUGUGGGUGCUGACCGCGUGAAGGAGGCUAGGUUACAAACCUUGAUGACAGAAUUCAACCGAUUAAAGAUGUCUGACUCGGAAUCGAUUGACGAUUUUGCGGGAAGAUUGUCCGGAUUAGCUUCAAAAUCGGCAGCCCUAAGAGAAGUAAUUGAUGAGACGAAGCUUGUGAAGAAGUUUCUCAAAUCAUUACUAAGAGCGAAGUUCAUCCACAUAUUUGCUUCUUUGGAACAAGUCUUGGAUCUCAAAUCAGCUGGAUUUGAAGAUGUUGUGGGAAAGCUUAAAGCUUAUGAAGAAAGGAUUAGAGAGGAGGGUGAUGAUGGAGGAGAAGAACCAAAGGUUUUGUGGUCAUCGAGCAGUGGCAGCACUAGUGGUUCGGGUGGUGGCGAUAGCUUGACUGGUGGAGCGAAGGAUAGAUCGACAAAGGGAACAAGGGUAUCGACCUGUAAUCAUGGAUCCAGUGGGUUAUCUGGAUCAAGCGGAUCAAGUAGGCCCAAAGGGAAUAAUAGGGUUUCUCAAAGUAAUCGGCCCAAUAAACAGUCCAAUUCUGAUUUAAUUCAACCCAAUUCCAACAAUUGCAAAAAAUGUAAUUGUUGUUGUGACAAAAAUCGGAAAAAUAGGGAAAAUGAUCAAUCUAAGGUGAUUUGUUUUCGGUGUGACAAAGCGGGUCACUUUGCCUCGGAAUGUCCGGAACGACUCCAAAAAUUACGAGAAGGUGAUUUUUCGGAACGUGACGACAACGAUGAGUCUGUGUUCUAA